AACUCGGAAGUAGAAACUGGGGAGGUCCCAACAACUCCACUGCCUAAUAAUAUGAAUCAAACGACGUCGAAAACAGAAACCAUAGCUUUUCCAGAUUCGUGUUCACGAAACCAAGAAGAAGGCAGAGCCAUUCGCGAAAUCCAACUUCCAGGCUCAGACUCGUUUAAAGUGGUUUGUGUUUCAGAUUUGGAGUUUGGAUCUGGAUGGUUGAAUGUUUAUACCAAAUGGCAUCAUUCAAACAUAUUGAAUCUCACGUAUGAGGAUUAUGAACGUGGAUUCGCAAAAGUAGGAAAUCGUAGGAUCGCUGAUAUCUUUAUUGGACUCAAACGAUUGCACACUCUGACCAAUGGAAAGCCUUAUGAAGUGCUUUUCUAAACAAUGGAUAUUUCUCAAAGUUGCGACAAAUUUGUAGUGGGUGAUCGAAGCGAAGGGUACAAGAUAAAAAGUAUUGGCAAUUGUACUGGAGACGACCUAUGGCUGAGCCCUAAGCAGGGUUCCAAAUUUUCCACCUACGAUCGAGAUGAGGAUGGAGUUCCUGAUCGUAAUUUGGCGAUGGAAGUGGGCUUUGGCUGGUGGUUCGAUCCUUGUAUGAGCCCCGAAAUUGAUGAUUUACUUAUACUCAUCCGAAGAACAGAUUAAAGAAAAUAAAAAGGCUUUUAAAACGGACUUGGAAAAUGUAAUAUUUUUGAUACACUAAAAUGUAACUAUAAUUUUUUUAAUAUUAUGAAGAUGAUUAUAAGAUAAACUGUAAUCAUGUAUUUGAAU